AUGGAAGGGUAUUUUCAAGAAACAGAGUUAUCAACUGAGAAUUUGCUAGAAAGGGACAAUUUCAGAAAAUGUUAAAGAGAUAGGGAAACAAAAAUAUAGGGAACAAACUGAGAGACAACAUGGUCCAAACCCAGCCUCAGGUCUCAAAAGCAUCCAGAAGCUCAUGUUGCUACCUCAAACCAAAACAACAGAACGCCAGAACCAAAAAGGGCUACCUAACACCUCCAUUUCCAAAAGUCCGAGCGAUCACUCCCUUGGAUUCAACCAGAGCUGACCGUGAUCAUUGAAGAGCCCCCAUUAUCGCCCCUGCUACUGCUACAUGGAAAUGCUGCCAUAGUUGCAUCAAUAUAUCGAGCACUGCCAAAUCCUGCCAUCACACACUAAGACAGAAACCAAGGAAGACUAGGUUUUUGGGAGGCUGAGCAAUCAAUCUUGAUCUUAUAC